ACCUGAUCUUUUCGUCGCUUUUCCGCGUCUUGUAAAUACAUUCCUUUUCUUUGUCCUCUUGUCCCUGAUUCUUCUUCUCUGUGUGCACAACUGCGUUCCCCAUUUUCCUCUCAAACACCAGAUUUUCCCUGAUAACAUAUCAGUGGUUCGUUUUAUUCUUUCCUGAGCUGAGCAGAAGCAACUGCCUGAAAACGCACGUCAUGCGUUCGCCUCUUAAAAUGGUUUCCGCGAGUUUACUCACAGCGAUCAAUGAGCGUGAUUGACAAGAAACAACAAAUGCUUGUCCUCAAAGAAAACCUGUCAUCACCUACGUUUCACUAUAAGCACUAUGGGAAAAAAAAAAAAAAAAAAAAAAAGCGACACAUUAGCCAUCCCAGUGCACUGAUUUGCUCGCUGCAGAAUCCAGUUGUUCUCGUCUGGCCAGUUGCAGAGGGCAGGGGUGCAGGUGAAAGGAAGAGAAGGAGGGACUGAUCAAGGCGCAGAGAAAGAGGAGGAGAGAGCUAACAGAAAGCGAAGAUGACUGUGUGAAACAAAAUGGAUCCAGCCAAGCCCAGCCUCGCUUCAAAAGCAUGGCAUACCAACAACGAAGGAGGAACUGAAUCACAAAAGGAAGAAAUGGUGCACCGGCGUGGCAGUGCUGACGGAGAGCGGCAGAGGGACGUGGAAGCCAGAGAUGCGGAUGUUGUUGACGGGACGACGGCAGCUGCAGAGUUACAUAAUCUCCACAAGGUGUCAGCAGAUAAACACAAAUUAAGGACGCGUAGCUUUCAGAGGCGAACAAAGCAGAAAGUCGUGACUGACUUUACAACAGUGGGUAAGGCGGCUUCUGCAGGAACCAAACCCAGAGCAGCACUGAGGCAGGUCCUGUUCAACCAGGGAGUGCCUGACAAGACAUCUGAGGAGCGAGGACAGCUGGAUUUGUUGAAGCAGAAUCUGGAGGCUUACACUGUGCCAGCCGGUCUGAAAUGGAGAUGGAAUGAGGAAAAUCAGGGAACCACGCUGGAGAAGAACUGGACAGAUAUAGUGACGUCUCAUUCAACAAUGUCUAAAAUGCAGAGACACCAACAGGAGGCCUUGUGGGAGUUUGUCCAUACUGAGCUCUCCUACAUUAACAAGCUGAUUAUCAUCAAAGAUCUGGUAUCUGCAGCUCUUCUCAACCUGCAUCAGAACGGAUUUCUCCUGGAGGUAACCCCUGAGCGGCUUUUCUCCAACCUCCCCUCCAUCCUCAACGCGCACCAGCUGUUCUGGCAGGAGGUGAUCUAUCCCAUGUUGUACCACGUGAGAAGGACAGGCACAGCCUUUGACCCCUUGUGGUUAGAGGCAGGCUGCCUGCAGUUCCAUGAGCGUUUCUCUUCUUACCAACAUUACUGCUGGGAGGAGGAGAACAACCUAGAGUUCGCACGCAGGCAGAUGGAGAGCAAUCCACAUUUCCACGCUUACAUUCAGUGGGUGGAGACUCACCCUCAGUGUGAGCGGAUGCGGCUCGGAGACAUGCAGGCCAAACCCCAUCAGAGAAUCACGAAGUAUCCCCUGCUGGUCAAAGCUGUGCUCGAAAACACGCAGGACCCUCAUGUGCAGCACACGCUCAGAGGCAUGUUAUCCAGUUUAAACAGUUUUCUGGAGAGUAUCAAUGAGUACCUGAGGAUAAAUGAUGAGAGGCUUGCUCUCUCCAUCUCUGCCCAGAGGGUGGAGGGAUACGAAGUGGAGGGAAUAAAUGAAGAAAUCGACAAGCAUGUCCAAGGGAUCUGUCGGUUUAACCUAACGUGCCCGAUCAGAGGAGUUGGUCCUGACGUUGUACGGAAGCUGCUGCUCGAGGAGAACUUAAAGGUUCGGGGCAGAAAGGACAGCAAACUGGAGGUGGUGGCUCUACUUUUCUCAGAUGUGCUUCUAAUGACCAAAGUUCAGAAGAAAGGGGAGCGUCUGAAGGUGGUUCGAGCUCCUCUGGCCCUCGACAGAACGUACUGCGCGGCACUGAAAGAUGGCUACUCUUUUGUUCUCGUGGAAGUGGGAGAGCUUCAGAGUGUCAUGAAUGUCCUCAUACUCGUAGCCAGCACCUCCGAGAGCUGCUCCACAUGGGUCUCCACCAUCCAGCAGGCAAAGGAGCUGCUGGUGGACCUGAGAGAGAAGGAGAGCAACAGAUUGGAGAACUUAAAAAUACACCGACUAGAGGCCAAACCAGUUACUGAAGCCAAGGAUAAAGAAGAACCUAUUAUACUUCACGCAGGAAGAGAGACUUGUGUGGAUGAAUUAACGGACGAAGAUUUCAUCCCUCACUCAAUAAACGGGUCUAAAGAAGCAGAACGGUAUCAAACCCAAGAGGACAUGGCCACUAACAAUGGGGUUUCCUGGCGUUCCCAAACCCGCAACAAUAACCGCACAUUUGGACACAAGAGCACUGCAGGUCAGCAACAAGUACACAAACAAUCUGAAUGGAUAGAAAUGGAUGUGAGAAAUUACCAAAGAGAAAACCACCGGGAGGAGGAAAACCAAAUUGCUGAAUCUCAGCUUACAAACGAGCAAAAUGUGACGUGGCAACAAAGGGUGCAAUCGGCCCCUAAUCUGGACAAUUUAUCUCACAGACCAGCUGCAGAUCAACCCAGAUUCAAGACAACCUUAUCACACAAUUUACUACCAGAUGUUGAUUACCCAAUAAAUGAAGACAGCACUUUAUAUCCUCAUAAUCAGCCAGCAAAAUCCAAGGAGGGUUCAGAGUUUUUAGGACCGCAGGGACAACGAGGAACAUUACGGAGAGCUUCAGAUUCUCAGUCUGUGAACCAGGACACCAGGAGAAAUUCCAGCUGCAGUCAGUCUGAGGACAUGGAGACAUCCCCAGAUGUAUGGAGUUUCUCCAAGAACUUGAAAUCACCCGGUUUACGGAAAAGAAGACCAGUCAACACAAAUCAGGAACCCCCCUCUCAGACAUCUAAGCAGUUUUUUCAGGCUUCCCGACAAACUCCAAACUACUACUCUUCCUCAAACUCGGACUCAGACUGCAACACAAAUAUGAAGAGAAACUCUCUUCCUUCCAGCAGUAGUUCAGAUUCACACCGCGUAUUCAAACUGGGCUCCUUAAAGCCAAACCAAGGCGAAUUUUGGAAUGUGCAGGGCCGAGGCUCACCGGAUCACCAGACCGUCUCUGAACCUGAGCUGCCUGAUCUGAAUUUCCAAAACAAUAAGCCCAGAAUGAGAACCCAGAGGAGCGCCUCCAAUCCCAACAUCGUCAUUGAAGGAGGGCCUGAGCUUCACCUGCAUUCCAGUAGGAUUCACACAUCACCCACAGAACCCAAAGUACACAAUCCAAAUGGACAGCCCUCACCUCUGGUGGGCCUUUUGGAAAAAGCCAAAGAAAGAGAGAAAGACAGAAGUGGAUUAAAAAGAGACAGAAACAUGAAAAUGAACAAACCACAGCCAAGGAAUCCUUCCCCUUCUCCUUCAUUUUCCACCACACCUUCACCAUCAAGCAUUGAUGGACACACAGAGCUGAAGCAUGUGGAGCUAAUGAGACACAGAGUCCUCACGGUGAGCAAAGGAUGGAGGGAGCAGCUGGUGGACGGGGAUGACGAUGAUGAUAAGAGGAACAGUGGUGUCUAUACGGAUGGAGUAAACGUGGACUGGACCGGCUGGGUGUUUGAUGAUAUUGAAGUCAUGGAUCAUUUACAUCCUGCUGAAGAAGGGCUUCUGGAGGGAAUCAGCAAGUCCUUGGUCUCGAUGGGUCUGAGCGAACUUUCAGAACAAGAGGACGGGGAAUGUAGUCAGGUGUAGCUCUGAAGCUCCAUUAAAAGCUACGUUACGUUAGCUCAAAGUCUGGUCGACAGCUAUUAAUGUCAGAGCGACAAACUUUUUAUAAAAAGUCAAAGCACAAGAAAGUGGAAAUAUUAUAGGAUGCAGCUGAAGAACCUCAGUCUAAAUUUCCAACCACUAAUUAAUCUGUAGUUAAUGUAAAUUAAUGUCAUAUUUUUUUAAGAAUAAUACAUAAAGAUUUGUCUUGUGUACAUAUACAGAUUGUUUUUUAUUAAAUUUAUUUUAUUUAUAUCAGCAAUAAUGUCCCCCUCUCGUUGACCGGAGAGAUUCUGUUUACUGUUUACACUGCAACAAAUAAAACGGGAAUGAUUUCUUUUCAAUGCA